AUGAGCGGUGGUGCUAGUGACAUAACCUUCCGACAACUGGGCAUUCAAACGCCUGACAAACUAGAUAUCAAUAAUCCAUCAUUAUCAACGACAACAACAACGAGGAAUGACCCUUGUCUACCUACUAUAGAUCAACAGGAGGUUGUCGAUAACGCAGCACCUUCAUGCCAUCCAACUGAUAACACGUCCGCACGGCCGCCGCCAAAAUUUGCAUAUCAACGAACCCUAUUCAAAAACUCUCGAGGGACACGUCUUUCGUUUCAGUCGGACAGUCGCACGUACAAUCGGCGAGUCUCUUUUGAUAAUAGCACAUUGGACGCAGUAGAUCAACAGCAUGUCGUACUACGUCAAACCAGUGAUGGGUUUGAGCGGACGCGACGAUCACGUGCUUACUUGAUACCGGUGAAUAUGGAUGUUGCAGGAGCGCUUGAUGGUGUCAAGUAUGCUCUCAUGGACCUAGUUGACGAAAGUGACGAGAUUAUUGCUGUGGGGAUUUUCAGCAAAGCUACAGAUCCGUAUGCAUCAGCCCAGACAAAGGCGGAUGAGCUCAUGCGUAGCGUAAUGGAAUUUCAUCAAGGAGACAAGAUUAGCAUGACGGUAGAAGUGUAUAGCGGGAAGUCUGCCAAGAGUACCCUGGAAGAAAUGGUGGACAUCUAUGAGCCGUCGAUGGUAAUUGUCGCUUCCCAUAAACGAACAAAAUCGUCUCACGAAUUUUCGGGCACGGGGAUAUUCAGAAGCGCUCUCAAACGAUGUAUGACACCGAUCAUUUUUGUGCCCACAGAAACGUACAUACGACGUGCAUCAACAGGUGAUAUCUUGUCAUCAUCUUCAGCAGCAGUGCAGCGCUGCUCCCUUCUGCCCACCGCACAACAACAACAAGACGAAAGUGCUCAACCGCAGAGGGGUGCUCGUCGUUCAGCUUCUGAUCCACAGGUUAAACUUCAGCAACCAAUACAACGACGGCAUGUUCGUUCUGUUACUUCUAUACGCUUUAUCAUCAGAAUGAUGGCCAUGUUUAAGAAAAAAUGCAAGGCCAUUGAUGAAUGA